CGUCUUGUCUCGUCACGUCAUUUAUUUGGUCGCAUCGCGUGACAGGGAACAAUACCUGCAGCACAAGACCACUCAGGCGCUUCCCAUGGUAGUAUACCCAGGUGAGAAGACGCCAGCAGCCGCCUCUGCUCUGCCUCUGCUGCAACAACACUCCGCUUGAGAUUCAUAUAAAUGGCGUUCUAUGACAAAGGUAGACGCUGCGUGCCGCGGAUUCCCUCCGCGUCUCUGCAUAGCAUUUGGUAGCAAGCGUCGGCGAUUCUGCUCGCAAAUACCGCUUGCCGUAAAUACGGCUUGCUUCAAAGAAUGCUCUCUGCUCGAAUUGACUGGCCGUGCUCCACGCUCCGGCUGCCCGCUUUCAGCCGGCCUCGCGAACGAUCGCUGAGUGCUCAGAGCUGAUAGCUCACGAAUCGCGAAACGAAUCACGAAUGCUCCCUGCUCCCUGCUCGAGCCCGCCGCAAUGCUCGCCGAGAUCCGCAGUGAGAGUGCGGUGGUCGGCCGGUCCUCUCCCGACGCGCAGCGGAAGGAGCGGAGCAGCGGCAAAGAGCGGAGCAGCGGCAAGGAGAAGCAUGGGAAGGAGAGGCGGGCAAGUAUGGACGGGUCGAGGAAGCACCACGGCAAGGGCAAGGGGUCAGUAGAGCCGCAGCAGCAGGAGCAGCAGCAGCAGCAGCAACGGCAGCAGCAUGGGUUGUUGCAUCAUCACGAUCGUGACGGUGGGGAGGGCACGGACGCGACAUUCCGCAAGUGGUACAACAGUAAGAGCCGCAAGCUCGCGCUGCUCGUCUCGCACGACAGCAGCAGCGACCCUCACAAGCGCGCCGAGCCUGCCAAUACGACUACUAAUACCAAUACCAAUACCACUGCUACUGCUACUACUACGACUCCUGAGCAGCACGGCUCCCACACCCCGCGCACUGCCUCCCGCUUCCACGGGCUCUUCCGCAAGUCCGCCACCACCGACUCCCCCGCCGCUGGCGCGCUCGACUCCCCCGGCGCCCCCGCGGAGGGGGGAAGAACCCCCCCCGGCGCAGGCACGGGCGAUGUGACGCCGGAGCAGAUGCUAUCCCCCAUAGGGCUCUCCCCGGUGGACGCGCACGCGCGGGGAGGAGUAGCGGCGGCGAUCAAGAAGGGCAUGUGGAAGCUCGGCGCGCUUAGGCGCUCGGUCAAUUCCGCCUCGUCCCCUUCCCAUGGAGCGGGGGUUACCAGCAGCAGCGGCGACGCGUGUAACAGUGGCGAAGACAUGGGCCUGGGCUCGUCAGGCGCCGAGAGCAGCGAGGCUAGGCCGUUGACUCCCGCGGCCGCCACGCAGAAGUCCCCCGUGGCAACGGUCCGGCCACAGACAGCAGACGCCGCUGCGGCGAGUCCCAGGAGCUUCAUGGGCGCCGCCUUCCCCUUCUCCCUUGACCGACGAAAGGAAGCCGCCAAGAAGCUCCAGCAAGCAGCAGCCCUGCUCCCUCUCACCCCCAGCCCCCUCUCCAGCCCUAUUAAUGCCAGCGCAGGGGCGCCAGGGGGGGGGAGAGUCCCCAGCGUGUCCAGCCUAGACGGUCCAGGCGGGGGCUUGGCCUGUUCCCCCCUGUCUACCCCCUCGCCGUUGCUCACCCCGGGGGGCGCGGAGGGCAGGGGCAGGCGGCGGGGGCUGCUGGACUGGGAUCUAGUCUCCCCCACCGCUGCAGGGCUGCUGGGGGGGGCCUCGCGCAUGUUUGGGGGGGACUCGCGCAAGCAGCAGCAGCAGGGGUGGGGCGACGGAGGAGGGGGUAGCAGCGCUGGGUGCGUAAGGCCGAUGAGCAGUGGCAGCAGCAGGGUGGCGCGUCGGAGCAGCACGAGCGGCAAGAAAGAGCUGAAUCGGUCUCCUGGGGACAGCUCCAGUGGCGGGGGAGGGAGUGUUGGGAGAGGAGGAGGAGGAGGGGGGGGGGACGGGGGAGGGGAAGGAGGGAGAGGGGCGGGAGGUGUGCCUGCGUCUGUGUCAGACAGCUCAACGCAUGUGCUGCUGGGGCGCGCAGUGGGCACGCCUAGCUGGCUCAAACCACAUGCCGCCGCCGCGUCAAGUGCUGCAGAUUCUGCAAACUCUGCGGAUGCUUCACGCAGCGCAGCAGCCGGGGGGAAAGCUGGCGGCGCAAAUUCUGCAGCAGGCCAGGAGGAGCAAGUAGCAGCGGCGGGGCAUGGCGACACCGCAGGGCCAGUGCCACGCGGCAAGCAGCAGCAGCAGCAGCAGCAGCAGCAGAAUGACGGGGAAGACAAGGGGCCGGCGUUAUCUGGCAGGGUUGAUUCCGGCAGGACUGUCAGCUGGGAGAGGGGGCUGGAAUUCGAAGGGGAGGGGUCAGGCGUCUCCGGUGCAGCGGCUGGAGCUAGUGCAGGGGCAGCAGGGGCUGCAGGCACAGCGUCAGCGUCUGCCUCUGGCUCUGCAUCUGCUGCAGGCGCGCCCUCCGGAGGGGCUGUGAUCCGCAGGGAGCGUCGCUUGGGUCGCAGCCGAUCGCGCGCAGCAGCGAGCGGGGAGCUGCUCGCUCGAGCAGUGAUGUCCCCCUCUCUCCUGGACUCCGACCCGCUCCUCGCCGUCGACGCUGCUCUCGCGUCCGUUGACGCCUCCUCCUCUGCUGCAUUCUUUGGCUCAGGGGAAUUCACCCUGGAUCAGGUGCUCACCCCCCUCACCGUCCCCAACACGCCCACUGGCAGCAUCCCCAGCACGCCAUCCGCUGCCCUUCUCUUCUCCCCCCGUACCGGGGGUUCUGCUUGGGUAACGCCCUCCCCCCGCCCAGCUCGUAGCCCCAGGGGCUCCGGAGCAGAAGGCGCAGCAGCAGCAGCAUCAGCAGCGGCGGCGGCGGCAGCAGCAGGGGGGAGUGCUGCGGGGCGCAGGCACCAGCGGCGCCGCAGUACGUCGCGGUCAGGGGCGGAUCUGGCUGGCGUGCUGGCGUGGGGGGAGGGAGGGGGCGCGGGGGCAGGCGGAGUGGGGACAGGGGGGACGGGGGGGAGUGGAGUUUUGGUGCUGGGCGCGAAGAGUCCGCGGGGAGGAAAGGGUGGGGUUGGGGGUGGGGAGAAGGACAAAGGGGGGAGGGAGAAGGGGGAGAAGGCGGAAGGUGGAGCUGCAGGGUCGUCACCCAAGGGGAACAAGAAGGGCGCAGGGGCAGGUGGGGGAGAUGGCGGGGGGAAGAAAGGGGAGACGACAGAGAAAGGAGGAGUGGAUGGGAAGGCAGGAGGGGAGGGGAAGGGCGGAGAGCGGUCACACCGGCGUUCCAAGUCUCGCGCCCGGCCAGACAUGCUGCAUAUACCGCCCAAGCACCACAGUGAGGCGUGGGCGCAGGGGGGCCCCAAGAGCGCUCCCAAUGCUGCAGCCGCUGCGGCUGCUACACCUGGUGAUGCUGAUGCCAAUGAGCGGCGGGAGCAGAGGCAGAGGAGGAGGGAGAGAAGCCGGUCGAGAGUGAUGGAGGAGGGGCAGCUAGGGGCCGGUGGCACUGCUGGUAGCGUUGGUAGUGGGUUUGGCAGUGGGGGCUCGGGAGUGGAUGGUGCUGGGCAUGGCUUGCCGCCCUUGUCCCCUCGUAUCAUCCCACACACCCCCGCUUCGUCCUCCGCCCGUGAUGCUCCCCCUUUACCCACCGCCUUUACUCCUGCUCCUGCUCCACCCAUGGCAACAGCUGCAGACACCAAGGAGACGACAGAAAGCAGGGCGCCACAAAAAGCAGCAGAAGCAGCAGAAGCGGCAGAAGCAGCAGCUCCCUUGAUUCCAUCUGCUGAUGCCUUCUCGUUUCCCACCACUCCUCCUGCCGCCGCUGCCAUCGCUCCCCCCCCACUGCCUGUGGUUGCUGCAGCAGCAGGCACAGGGAAGAGGGUGAAGGAAGAGGGUAGUGCUGACGGGGUAGGAGGAGUGGAGGUGGGAGAAGGGGGCGCAGAUGGUGUCAGUGGGGGGAUAGAACAGGAGGCUGGUAUGGGGGUGAAUGCGGGCAGUGAAGGAGGUGGGAAGGAGGAGACAGGGGUGGAAGGAAGGCGUGCAGUGGGAGACAUGGGGUUGACAGGUGUACUUGUGCAACCUCUCGGGUAUCUUUUGCCCACCGGCUCUUCACAAGCGGCAGCUGCUGCCGGUGCGAAUGUGCCUGCUCCUGCGGUCGUCUCUCCUGUUUCUCAGACACACGCAACGGAGGUAGAGGCAAAGGUAGAGGCAGGAGCAGGGGCAGGGGCAGGUGCAGAGGCAGGAGCAAAGGCAGAGGAAGAGGCAGCAGCUGGGAGAUUGGUGGAGGAUGCAGCUGCUGCUGCAGGCGAGAGGGAAGGUGACAAGGGCGCUGUAGGGAUAGAGAGCAUUGACCGCAGUGGGGCUGGUGGGGCUGAGGCAGGGAGUGGCACUGGUGUGGGGGGGGAUGGGAGGAACUGCGAGGAGGGAGGGGCGGUAGUGAAACGCUGUGAAUCGGAGGCUUUGAGUGAGACGGUGGAGGAGGGAGAGCAAGGGGUGUGCAGGGUGGAGGGAGAGAACCAGGCUGGGAGCAGCAAGGCGGGAGGAGAGGGUGGAAGUGGAAGCAGCGGAGUGGAUGCAUGUGUGGGUGAUAACGAGCGGAGUGCGGCGAUGGUGAACGGGGGAGAGGCGGCGGUAGGGGCGCUUGAGGUAGAGGCAGGUGUGGUGGUGGUGGUGGAAGGCAGUAUGGUGGAUGAUGGGGCAAAGGUGGCGGAGGAUGCAAGGGCACGAGCUGGGGAGGAGGAGCAGCUGGGAGCAAAGGGAGGAGUCGGAGGGGAGGGGGGGAAUGGAGGGGAUGGAGGGGCGGGAGGGGAGGGAGGGGAGAAAGGAUUGGUGGAGGGGCAGCAGCUGAGACUUGACGUGGAAGAUAGGGGGGAAGGUGGUGGGGAGGGAGGAGGAGAAAAUGGUGAGGGGGAAGGCGAGGCUACUAGCCCACAGGUGCUGCUGUUGAGACAGGAGGGGAUCAGAGGACCUGCAAGGGAACUAGUGAGCGAAGAGGAGGAGGAAGAGGAGGAGGAGGAGGAGGAGGAGGAGGAGGAGGAGGAUAUUUAUGAGGAUGAGGUAGAGGGUGAGUAUGCUGACGUGGAUGAUGACAUGGUGGUUGAUGCUGAUUCGAUGAGUGAUGACGGUGGUGGUUCGCUGAGUGACCACGAUGGGUUUGAUUCGGAGUAUAGUGAUGAUGGGAUGCACUCUGAUGAAGAGGGGGAGUAUGGCACAGAGGAGGAGGAGGAGGAGAGUGAGGGAGAUGAUGGGGCCAAUGUGGGUAGUGCAUUGGUCGGAGGUGGGCGGGUGAGGAGGAAGAGGGAAGGAGGGGAGUUGGUGGCGCAUGGGAAGGGGGGGGGAGUUCGGUACAGAGGGCGAGGGAAUGAGGUUAUGGAUGGGGACGAGGACUGGAGUGAGGAGGAGGGGGAGGAGGAUGGGAUGUCUCCAGGUGCAAGCACACACGCGAUGACUUUUGAGUCGACUCAAAUGUCUCCUGGUGCAAGCACGCACGCGCGGGGGCAUGGGCUGGGUGGGCGGGCAGGUGGGCACAGGCGCAGGUAUGGCGAUGAUGAAUACGAGGAGGAGGAGCUCGUUGACUCGGACGAUGCUAGCUCCCACGACCUCAGCCACGACCAGGACCAUGAUCGCGAUCACGAUCGUGAACUCGAUUAUGAGCACACCACCCAUGCUCCGAUCGACGAGGAAGUCCCUCCAGAGCUGCUCUACGUGCGCACGCUCUCCAUCAUGCGCCGCCCAGAAAUUGCCCAUGCGCACGCGCACCCCCAUGCUGCGCAUGCCCCGCCCGCCGUGCCCGCCCGCGUGCUCCACCGGGAGUUUGGCCCCGUCGCGGCGGCGCGGCGGCGCGCGCAGCAGUGCCGCGACCACUGGUCGUGGCUCUUCAUGCAGUACCUGGAGAUGAUGCUGCAGCGCCUCGCGGGGCAGGAUGAUGAUGAUGACGCCGCCAUGCUGCCGCUCAUGCCCGGGGGAGCCCCACAUCAUGCCUUUGGCGCUGAUGACGAUGACGAUGAUGACGAUGGUGCAGGUGUGCCGUAUGCAUCCAACCGUAGCGCAGGGGGGGGAGGAGGUGGGGGAGGGGGAGGGGGGGGCUCGUCUGCGUCUUCCUCUCGUGGUCGAGGUGGGCCUGUGUCUUCUCUAUCGGACCGGUCGUGGUCGGAAGCGGCGCCUGUGUGCGUCACGCGCAUCACGCACCGGCGCCGCAGCCGGCACUGGUCGGCCACUGAUGCUGUGCGGGAGUACGAAUGGGUGCGGCGGAAGUUCAGAGGAGUGGCGGACAGCGCAGAGAAGCUCAGUGAGGCGCAUGUGGGGGAGGUGUUUGUUGCGGGGCUGGCGGUGUGGCUCAAGUACUGGGAGCAGUGGGGGGAGGUGAAGCCCCAGUGGGUGGUGGAGGAAGAGGAGGAGGAGGAACAGGCGAGCAGGGAUAGGGAGAGGGACAGUGUGAGUGGCGGGGGGAGCAGUGUGGGCGGGUUUCUCUCGCCGCGGUUUCUGGACUCUGCUGGUGCGUCCCCUUUGAGGGAUCCCUUAGGUAGUGGCUCGAGCUCACCCUGGAGGGAAAGGGAGCGGGAACGGGAGAGGGAGAGGGAUCGGGAGAGACCGAGGGAUAGGGAGCGAGAUAGGGAGCGGGAGAGGGAGAGAGAGAGGGUGAGGGAGAGGGAGUGGGAGAAGGACAGGAGCAGGGAAAGGGAAAGGGAGCGAGAGAGGGAGGGUUCAGGGUCGUCAUGCCGCUAUUCAUACGAUGGUGGUGCUGGCGGCAUGGGAAGGCAGGAGCGUGAGUCCCUGAGUAGGCAAGAACACCAUUCCAGAAGGCGCAGCACUGCAGGCAGCACAGCAGGAUCAAUAGCAGCAGGUGGUGCUGAUGCCGGCUCAGCAGCAGACUCAGCAGCAGCAGGGUACGGAAGGGUUGGGACGGGGAAGGGAUGGGGACCAGAAGGGAGCCUGCAAGCCAGGCUACUCUCGGAAGCUCUAGGCACUGGGCAGCCGCAGCCUGCCACUUGCUCCCAGGAUGAUAUUCUCCUUGUGGCCGGGCUAGGCGCCGCCAUCAGCUCGUGGCAGCCGGCGACGGCGUGCGUGUGCCUCCUGCGCCUCCUGCACCGCAUUGCACGCUUUGAGCUCCUCGCGAACAACUUCGCAUGGCCAAGAGAAGGCUCGCUGACCAUGUCCAUGCGAGAGGGCUCGCUGGGGUCGGGUCUUGUUCGGGACGGCAGUGGCAGCUUUGCCCUGCACCCCAGAACGGCUUCGUCCCGCUCCCUCACACCGCCGUCUCGCACCACUGGACUGGCUGGGUCAGGGAACAUGGGUGCUCUGAUGGCUGCUGCUGCUGCUGGGGGGGGGGGAGGCGCAGGGGGGGCAGCGGCAGCAGGAGCAGGAGCAGGAGGAGGAGGGGGAGGAGGUACGAGUGGUGGCAGUCAGCCUGGGUCCCCUGGGUGGACUAGGCGCAGAGCAGUGUCAGUGUCAAAUGCUGGGCUCGGCCUGGAAUCUGCGGCAGGGUUGGGAGGGGGAGGAGGCGGUGGUGCAGGGACAGGGCAGCAGCAACAGCACCUGAGCCAGCAGCAGCAGCAGCAGCAGCAGCAGCAGCAGCAGCAGUCACAUACGAAGCACAGCAGUCUUCUGUCCUUCCCUGUGGGCUUCCCCCGUCCCUCAUCACCCUUCUUCACCUCCAGAUCCUCCUCCUCAAACCCCCCAUCCUCCUCUAUGCCCCCCCUGCCCCCCUCCGCCUCCGCCUCUGCCUCCCCCCCAUCGCUCUCUACUCUCACUGCCUCCUCCCUCUCUUCCUCCCCCCACACAUCUACCUUUCACCAGCCUCCCAGCACCACCAGCACCUCGCUCCUCUCCUCUGCCCCGGACCUCCCCAGCUUCAGCCGUGUGCUUAACGUGCGGGUUCCCUCCAACCUCCCUUCCUGCCGCUCCUUCGUCCUCUCCUGCCUCAAAGCCGUCCUCACAGCAUGCCACGACCGCACCCUCACUCCCCCAAACCCUCCCACCUCCCCAACUUCCCCAAGCCACCCGACGUCCUCUCAACACCACCCACUCUCCUCCUCCUCCCCGCCCCGGCCCAGCCUGCUGUUACCCGGUAACCAGACCCAGAAGCCCUGGCAGCCGAUGCGCCUGGCGAGUCUCGCCGAAGUGGCACUAGCCGAGGGCAUAGCUCGUGCUAAGCACAGCAACUUGUCCGAACGAUGCGAGGAGAUCGAUCGCCUCUACUACAGCUUGGGCCUCGGCCCGGGGGUUCUAGCAAUGAACCUGGCAGCAGAGAUGAGGGAGAUGAAGCAUCUGCACCCGGAUGACCUUGUCUCUCUGGCGUUGCACAUGGAGUCGCUGGGGUUGGAAGAAGCGGCGUUCCAUGUGGUGCUGUGUGCCGUGGCGUCGGGGCGGCUGCCUGCUGAUGGGUUUGACCAUGUGAUCCGCAUGGUGUUUCAGGGGAGUGGGGCCGAGUCUGUCAAUGCCAGGUUCGCCCGCCUUGCCACCACGGUCAAGACUGCGCAUAUUGCAACAGUGGAGGGCGGAGGAGGAGGGGGUGGGGGUGGUGGGGGUGGUGGGGGUGGUGGGGCUGGCAACGGUCCUGGUGGCGUUGGCGGUGGCGCUGCAUUCGGCGGCAGUGGCAGCGGCAUCGAGCGCAGCAGCAGCGGUAUCAGCGUCAGCAGCGGCAUGGGGAUGGAACGCUGUACCAGUGGUGUGAGCAGCAGGGCUUGCAGGCCGGCAUCAUACGUAGCAGAGCUAGCAGACGCCAUGCUACGCUGCUCUGAGAUGAAGCUACGCCACCCCUGGGCAUACGAAGUCACCCUCAACUUCCUCCGCAUGCACUCCAGGGGGCUGCUAGGCGGGCCCGGGGCAGCAGGCGGCGCUCUGGGGGUGUCUCGAAUGGGUAACGUGGUGGUGGACUGGAGAGAGAAGGAGCUUAGUGCUCUCGUGAUACUGAACCGGUGGCUGGGGAGUGGCGCAGGCCAGGGGGGGGGGGGCGAGCAGGGCGCAGGGAAGGGGAUGCGGGAGGGGGCUGCGGGGGCUGAGAGGGAGGAGCGGGCAAUCGAGGUGAUAGAGAGGAUGGUGGAGCCGGCGACGGAGGUGGGGUGGGCGGUGUGGCUGCGGAUAGGGAGGAACCUGGAGACGGACCUGCACCUGCCGCUGCUGCUCGAGUCCAUGCAUGUCAAAUCGCUCAUGCACACAUACGAGGCCAUAGACGAGGAGGGCUCUUGUGCGGACCCCCUAGAUCUAGAAGUCUUUGACUGGGGCCUGCGCGGGCUCCUCCUAGCCCUCCCGGAUUCCACGUCCCCCUCACUCCGCCCGGCCGCGCUGCUGGAGAUCGUGUACCCGCUGGACGAGGAGAAGCCCGACCUCUCGCUCGCCGUGGCGUCCCGGCUCGCUGCGACUGUCGGGGAGAGCCGCAAGUGGCCGCUUGGGGACGUGUCGGUGCUGGUGGCGCAGAUACUCACCAUGACGGAUGACUGGCAUCUGAGCCCCACGCAGAUGUCGCGGGCAGUGAACGUGGCGUGCCGGCUGUGGGGGUGGGCCAUGCCCAAGCGAACACAGCUGGUGGCGCAGUGUGAUAAUGCGGAGGAGGUGAGGGAGGUGAUGGAGCGCAGUGCAGCCUCCAUCUGGCGCUCCGUUGCUGCUUCAGGGGCGUCUCCACGGAAUUUCUGACAAGGGUUGAAUCUGCUGCUGCAAGCAAAAGAAAAUGUACUUUCCCUCAUGUCCGCUGGAGUGAAAGGCAGGCCUUGUUUUGCGCCGUGGAUUGCGCGUGUCGGGUGUGUGCUACAACCUACGCUCGUGUGUUGUGUUACGUCGUACCGGUACUACAACAUAUGCUCAACCCAUCUGUGUGCAUCGCUGUCAUUUGUUGGGCCAUACUGUGCCUAUCCUUCGUAGCCUGCUGCUAGGGUAUUGUCCACAGACAGGUUUUUGUGCUGUUGUGUAGGUGUGGUUCCAUGUAUACUAGACGAAUGCUAGAGAAAGUGGUUGGUCUUGUAAAUGUUGUGGUGCUAUUUAUACGGUAUUACUGUGAGCAACAUGUAUUGAUUGAGAGACCUCG